AUGUUUUGGCUUGACUUUAUGGCGCUAUCAUUUGCUGGGGUCGAUGAUGAAGUAGCCCCGACCUCGACCAGGGUUUGGACUGUCAUUGAGCACACUCGGUUCUUUGCGGCCAUCGACUUGUUCCCCCAAGGACCGUGGAAAGCCAUCGCCAAAGACAUUGGCACCCGCACGCCCAGACAAAUCCAGACCCAUGCGCAAAAGUACCGAGAUAAGCUGUUUCGCCAGAGCAAGGCGCCCAAGUUGCCGACGAG